UGAGAAGAACACUAAAUGGUAGAAAUUGCUGGGAAUUACUUUUCCGAUUCCUCCGUACUUUUUUUCACAAACAGACCCCUUUCUCCCCGUCAUCGUUCCGCCUGGUCCCGCGAUAAUCGUUCAGCCUUCCACUGGAAGCCCGAAUACCCGCCAUGCGUCGCUCCCCUCUCCUCCUCGUCUUGCUGCUGUCUCAUCUCGCCGCCAUCUCCUCGUCGCAUCUCCACCGUUCAUCCACCAUCGCCAGCCGCGAGUCACGCGAACGCGACGAGCCGCCGUCCGCAACCCCGGCCUCUCAAAUCCGUCCGUUGCUCUUUAAUCGGCGAAAAUCCACACAAACACGUUUACCGUCGCCAAAGUUUGUACUAGUCUCGUCGCCAUCGUCGCCAUCGUCGCCAUCGUCGCAGCGUCGGUUUCUCACAGAAAACGUCGCAGCAGCAGACCGGCAUGCGCAACCCGUCGCACAGCGCGCGCGUGGCGACUCGAAGACCGCCGCUCUCUUCCCGCGCAUUCCCGAGACUCUAGCGCGCGCAGAGCCGAACGCGCCUGUCGCAGCAACGUCGCAGCAGGAGUCGCCUGCGACGGAAGGCGACGACCCGAUAGAGCGCGCGAAUAUCGUGGGGAGAGCGGAACUCUAUGUGGCGGAUGGCAUGGGAGCGGUGAAAGACACCUCAUCCUCGUUAUUAGCCUCUCCAGUAUUGGCGGAAAAUGGCCAAAGCCCUGUUUUGACUGAGGUCAACGUGGGGCUGGACGGGUUGGUGGUGGAAUCCCCUUGUGAUUCUAACGAGGGGUUUUGGGAGGAGGAUUCGGAUUGGCCUCUUUAUAAGGCAGGAGACUGCCCCCUCAUUUGGAACACUGGCAAUCAGUGCAUGGAAAACGGCAGGCCGGAUACUCUUUAUCAGCGGCUUCGAUACAAGCAACCUCGGUGCCCCGCGCCCAAGCUCACCGGGAACACUUUGUGCUCGUUAUUGGCGAACAGGAGCAUCGCGUUUGUGGGUGAUUCGUUAACGGAGAACAUGUUUGAGUCGCUGAUCUGCUUGUUGCACCGCUUCCAGGGCUCGCCUGUCCCUGUGAACAUUGACCAGAAGGAGCGAGUGCUGACGUGGCGUGCCUGCAACGUCACUGUCGCUUUCUACUGGAGCGCCUUCCUCACCAACCUGUCUCUGUCGGAGCCGGGCGAGCACAGCAAGGGCGGCCAGCUGGACCUGAGCCACGUGGACAUGCACUGGGGCCGCCACGUGGCAGAGCAUGACAUCUUUGUGAUCAACACAGCUCACUGGUGGUCGCCCCAGCGCCUGUGGCUGGGAGGGAUUCCCUUCUCCCCGCCCUACUCCUCCUUCGCCUCCCCCACUUCCCUCCUCUCCGCCUACCGAACCGCCCUCGACACCGCACUCUCUGCCUUCUCCUCUCCUGCAUCUACUAACAAGCUCGUGGUGGUUACCACCAGCGUGCCUGGCCACAAGGAGUCCCCCUCUUCCAGCCAGUGCCCCUACACCACCCCCCUAGAACCCUCAGCCUUUGCAAAUGAAUCGAUGAAACGCCCAGGUUCGCACAUGGAUAGGUUCAAUGCGGUGGUGUGCGGUGCAGUGGAGGAGUACAGGAAGGGGAGAGGAUGGAGAGGGUGGGUGGGGCCGGAUGCGAUUGUUUUGGAUAUUCACGCAGUGUCGGUGUGGCGGCAAGAUGGGCACCCGGGGGUGUUUACGGGAAAGAGUACGGUGGAUUGUGGGCAUUACUGCUUGCCUGGUGUGCCAGAUGCAUGGAAUGAGAUGCUGUUGGCCCAGCUAUGGCUGAAAUCAAGAGAACUCUAGAUUCAUUGUCUCUGUACAAAUCUGUGUAUGCAUCUUGUUCCUCAACCACGACUUGCGUGUUUGCCAAGA